AUGAUAGGUAGAGAAACCGGCAAAAUAGUAAAUUUUGCAACACGCAACGGUUACUGCAGAAUAUGUCACAGUGCAGAUAAAACGGGGAAGACUCCAUCAACUCAUGACUGCCAUAAAAACUGGACGGGGAGUUCCAAAGCUAUGGAGCCAGACAUGUGCAUUGAAAUGCUAAAAGAUCUAGGCGAAAAGGAUGCUCGUGUUGGAACCAUCAUCAUGGACAAUGAUACUACCACCAUAGCAAGGGCACUUACUGAGGUAAACCCAGCUUUGAAGAAACAAAGUGACAAAAAUCACACACUGAAACAGUUUACGAACAAAUUGUAUGAUUUGAAAAAGUGUAAAAACUAUAAGGAACUAAAUCCUAAGACAAUAAGUCACUUAUCAAAGUGCUUCAGAUAUUGUGUCAGCCAAAAUCAACAUGACGUAGAUAGGAAAAACUUGGAGGCCAUAUCCAAACAUGUAUUUGGUGAUCACAGCGUGUGUGGAUCUUGGUGUGGGUAUCUUUCAUCACCGACAACAUACAAACCCCUUCAGUUGCCAUACCACCGCUAUCUAGCCGACGAAGGACUGAAAGUUGAUCUGACAUCCAUAGUUGACUUUUACAUUUCACAGGCUGAUAGAUUGGUGGAUUUAGGAAGUACCCAGCCCAAUGAAAAUUUCAAUAAUACAGUGGCAAGCAAGACACCUAAAUCAACAUUCUACUCUGGCUCAGAGAGCAACGACUUUAGAGUAAAUGAAAAAUUGUUUCUUUCACCUGGGAAAGUGACCAGUAAAAUUGCCAUGAAAACAGACUUGAAAAGAAAAAAAGACAAAGACAAAGAAGAUACAGAAGAGUACAAGAGAAGAAGAGCAUUGAAAAAAGCCGAGAGCAAGAAAAGUCAAGAAUCAGCAGCAGUGAAAGAGGGGAUCACAUAUGAAACUGAUGCCGACAUCAACAAUAAUGUAGACAACAGCAUUACAGAAAUACCCCCUCCUCUCACCAAACCCAUCCCAACACCCAUAGCAGCUGGGCAGCAUACAUUUGUAUACUUUGACUUAGAAACAACAGGUCUUGAUAAAGAUUGUGAAGUAACACAGAUUGGUGCUUGUACUGAUGAUAAAACCUUUUCCCAAUAUGUCACUCCUCCAACAAAACCAAUCUCUGCUUCCGCUACAGCCGUGACUGGACUAGCCAUCAGAGACAACAUCAUGUACAAGAACGGACACCAAGUUCACAGUAAGACAACCGAGGAAGCUUUUCAGUCAUUUAUUGAUUGGAUGAAGCAAUUUACAAACAUUAUAUUGGUUGCUCACAAUGCAGUGUUUGAUUCCAGAGUCAUUGUGCGUUUAUUUCAUUCCGUGGGACUGUGUGCCAGUGACUUCUUUAUUGGAUUUACCGACACGCUGCCAUUAUGUAGGGAAUUCAUCCCAGGUAGAAAAUCCUACAAGCUGACAGAUCUUGCUAAAGACAUAUGUAGUAGGCAUUAUGAUGCCCAUGAUGCUUUGUCUGAUGCUCAGACUUUACAAGAACUGAUGCUAUGUGUAAAAGCUUCAUCUGAUAUGAUGCUCAAACAUAGUUUUACCACUCAGUUUGUUUUUGAAAACAACUCUUUUGCAGAUUUGACCAGCAGAAAUUUAUGUUCUUUACAACAUCUUGUAGACAUCAAUGUAUUGUCAAAAUUCACUGCAAACAAAGUUGCAUCAUCUGGCCUGCAUUUUCAGCAUCUUUGUCUUGCCCAUCAGAGAGAUGCAGUAAAUGGAAUAAAGUAUGUAUUGUCUGACAAACAUGCAACAGGUAAAGUGAGAGUUACUACAAAUUCUAGAAUUAUUUCUUCUCUUCAACAGUAUUUUAUGAAUUUGAAAUGA